CAACGUGGCACCAACUGAGCAUACUACACCACAUCAGCAGCUACAGAAGCCAACAAAUUCUGCCAGCACUCCACCAAUGGUCAAAGGAAAAGAGACAGCUCAACCCAUGGGUAAGUAUUCUCCAACUCCUGUACUAAAUGAUCUCAUUAUGAGGGCAUCCAAGGUUAUGCUUCAAGGCCAGGACACUGCGACACCACUAAGCACACACUCAGCUACACCAUCUACAGACUUGU